UACCCACAGUGUUCACAGAGUACAGGUUUCUGUGCACAAAUGCACAGCAUAUGUGCAUUUUAAAAAAUGAGCAUUGCUCUCAUAUGUUACAAAGAAUGCUGAUAUUCACAUGGUAUUCAGGUAAAUAUUCGGUACUUCUGUAAUGUGUGAAGUAGCCCUUGGUUAAAAGGAGAUCUUUGAAGUAUCCGACAUAAAUGUGUAAAAUCUGUAGCUCACCCAAAUGUAACAUGAGUAAUACAUCAGUCAUUUUUUCUCCUGCCAAGUAGGAGCUUUUAAAUAAUGAGAUAUUCCAAUAGCUUUAAUUUUGGACCACUCUUGGUACUAAAUACUGAGAUGUAAAGUAUUCUGUAUGAAACAUUGAGUGUAAUGUAGUUUUUAAAGCAACUGUUUGCACAACAUGUUUUCUGCCUACACAUGAGCAGUCCUCACACAUUAGUUUGGGCAGACAUAACAUAUGAAGUGGACAAUUGCAGAUAUGGCGGGUAGCUAUUGCCAUUGCCAUCAUUACAUUGAUUGCUUCCGUUUAUGUACCAAAAAUAGUCAAAGAGCCUUUCUUGAAAAUGUUUCUGAAAAGCUGGCGAAAUUUGAUUAAGAUGAUUGGAUCAUAAGAGGGGAUCUUAAUUUAGUGGAUGAUUAAUAAAAAGGUCAUAUAAAAAAGAACAAUAUUAUUUCAGGCUGUCUAGCAAAUAUAUGUACUUAAUAUGACUUAAAAGAUAUUUGGUGGUUAAACCAUCCAAAUGAGAGAGGUUUAUUCUAACAGAAAGAAAACUUAUUCUAGACUGGACUACAUUUUUAUAUUUUUCUGGCUUAGCAAGUCAAACCUUACCUGCCAAUAUAAGAGAAUUAAUCUGGUACCUUAAUGACCUAAAGAGACAGUCUGGGGUGCAUAUUAAGCAUUCAUCAGAGGAAAAUGCAUCAAUGCUUCAAAUUGUCUUUUUUAAAAGGAACCUGCUAACUGAGCAACAAGGCAUCUUUUUAAAAGUGGUGAUUCUCUUUAUUUAGCAGGGAGAGAGCAACUGGCCCUAUCCAUCCCCAGCACAACCUCCCUCCAGUGGCUGUUUCUGGUGGCUAUCUUAUGUUUCUUUUUUAGAUUGUGAGCCCUUUGUGGACAGUUUGUCCCCAGUUUGGCGCUGUUUAGCUUCUUAAAGGCAGAGUGCUGCUUCUUCUUAAAUUUGCUCACCCCUUGUCUUCCACUCUGUAGAUUAAUUAGACAAGAGGAAGAGGGUAUUCUUUGAGGCACAGAGUCCCAUUUUCUUUUCUUCAAUAAAGGGAGGCAUAAGGAGCUAUAUUCCUAUCAUAUGCCGUUUCUUAGAUAAAAACCUGAAAACCAAAUUAAAAGGAUAAAAAUUACUUAAAUGGUACUUUUUCUGAAACAGAAAUCAACUUAGAGGAGAUUGGUGCCCCUUCCCCAUGGCACCAGCACAGCAUUAGAUGAAUAUCAGCCAGAAACAUUCAAUACCCAUGGGACUGGACAGUACUUGGAGGGUGUUGAGGGGAGAUCAUCAACCAGGGAUACUCUGAGGAAGAAUGAAUCUGGCAAAUACAAUAGCAGGCUUUUUCUCUUCCCUCUUUUGAGGAGCCAUUGGACACCUUCUAUUACUAAUUUCUUGGAGCAAGCAGUGAUAACCACAACCUAACCCUUUCAAAGAAAAGGGGAGGCCUGGGGUUAGAGUUUCAGCAUGCAUUCAUGGCAUGUAGCCAUAUCCCACCCUCUAGCAGUGUGGCUGAAAGAGGUGAAGUCCAUGAGUAGAAGGCCUGCAUUAGUUGGAGGAUGUGUGCAGGAAGGAGGAUUUCUUGGAAGUCUGGGGAUACUCUUUCUAUUUAUGUUUUCCUAAAGAGCAAAGUGUGGGGUUAGUGGAGUGUUCUGAUGCUUUAGUUAAGAAGCCACUGCCUCUUCUGCUCCAAGUCUGCCACCUCUGCUAUGCUGAAUGUAAUGGGUAUAAAAUGUUGUUUCUAUCAGGUGGUAUAUAAAUAAAUAUAACUAGCUGCAGAAAUGUUAAAAUACCUUUCCCCUCUUUUAGAUAAAGCACAUUUCAUAUGUUACUUUGGAGAACUGUCCAAUAAAGCAUUUUUCUUGUAUGCCCCAUUGCAUUUCAAUAAAAUCUGUCCUGCAUUUCUCAUUCACUGUGAUUCAUGUUCUCAGCCACAAUUGCAGUAAUAUUAAACCCUUUUCUUUGUUUAGCACAAUAGACAUUUCUUGAUUUGUAGAAGAAAAAAUAAAUUCUGAAAAACAAGAUUCACAAUGGGCUAACAUAUUAUGGGGUUCUGCAGUCUGGCCAUGACAAUCUGGCCAUGACUUCUAUUUUCAGCAAGUGUCAUGUGUUAUAAUUAGAACUCUGCUGACAUUACAUUUCAUAGGGUCAUAGCUGAUGUGAGGGUUGUGAAUGGCUUUAGCAAAACAGUCAAGAAUUGUGACAUUUCUGUUGCACAGAAAUGAAUGAGCUAUGGAAAACCAGGAAUUGCAUCCAAUGACUUAGGGUAUCAUCUUGUAUAUAUCAAGUUCCUAUAUGCAAUAGCAAUGCAGAAAACUAAAGCCAGACACUGAAUCAAAAUGUGGAAGAGCCAUGACUGAAACAGCAGUUUGCAUAGACUCAUUUACAGCUAUUAAGGCACUUUGGGAAGUCAGAAUCCAGAAAAUAAAUGAGGAGCUCCGCAAGGAAAAGGAAUUCGGUCAGAAGGCUGCAGGGAGACUGACACUUGUUUGGGAAGAGAGAGUGAGUUUGGCCAAGCUCAAAGAAAAAGUAGUCACUGAAGAUGGAAGGAUUAUUUUAAAGAUUGAACAUGAAGAAUGGCAGACUCUACCAUCCUGCUUACUGAAACUGAACCACCUCCAGGAAUGGCAGCUUCACAGAACUGGUUUGGUAAAAAUCCCUCAAUUCAUUGGUCGCUUUGAAAAUCUCAUUGUGCUAGAUCUAUCUCGAAAUGCCAUUGCGGAGUUACCUAGGGAGAUCGGUCAAUUGUCCCAUCUCCAAGAGCUGAUCCUCAGUUACAAUAAGAUCAAAUUUGUCCCUAAAGAGCUAAGCAAUUGUGUCAGUUUAGAAAGACUGGAGCUGGCGGUGAACAGAGACAUCUGUGACCUUCCCCAUCAGCUUAGCAACCUGAAGAAGCUUUAUCACCUAGAUCUGAGUAUGAACCAGUUUACUACUUUCCCAUCAGUCAUCCUGGAUAUGCCAAACCUGGAAUGGUUAGACAUGGGGAGCAAUAAACUUAAAGAAAUCCCUGGCAAUAUUGACAGAGUAGAAAGCCUACAUACUUUGUGGCUCCAACGCAAUGAAAUAACUCAUUUGCCAGAAGCCAUUCGUAACCUACACAAUCUGAGUACACUUGUCCUCAGCAACAACAAACUCCAAGAUAUUCCUGAUUGCAUGAAAGACAUGGCAAACCUAAGAUUUGUCAACUUCAGAGACAACCCACUGAAGCUGCAGGUAACACUACCACCAUGCAAGAAUGCUGAAGAGGAGGAAGAACGGGAACUGUAUGGUGUCCAGUUCAUGCAUGCUUACAUUCAGGAGUCACUCAGCAGAAAAGAAAAUAUGGAAAAUGAUAUUCUAGCUGCUGAUACUGCCAUCAACAAGACAGCAGAGCAAAAGGUUGGUGGAAGAGGAACGUCCCUAUACAGAUAGAUACUGGCCCAAGGGCACCAACAGUGGCACCAUCUCCCCAGCCUCCAUUUAAACACAGUUUAUCUGCCCUACUACCCACAUGAAUGUUUUAGUAGGUGGAUGGAUUAUGCUUCGAAUUGUCAACGUCAAUCCUAGUCUUAAGGAGGCAAUUAUUAGACCGCUUCUAAAGAAGCCUACCUUGGAUCCCUCGGAGCUGAGUAACUACAGGCCUGUCUCCAACCCUCUGUGCCUGGGCAAGGUAAUUGAGAGGGUGGUGGCCUCCCAGCUCCAGACAGUCUUGGAGGAAAUGGAUUAUCUAGACCCAUUUCAAACUGGCUUCCGGGUUGGCUAUGGGGUGGAGACUGCCUUAGUCAGCCUGAUGGAUGAUCUCCAACUGGCAAUUGACAGAGGAUGUGUGACUCUGUUGGUCCUUUUGGACCUCUUGGCGGCUUUCGAUACUAUCGACCAUAGUAUCCUUCUGGACCGUCUGAGGGGGUUGGGGGUGGGAGGCACUGCUUUGCAGUGGUUCCGCUCCUACCUCUCGGGCAGGUUCCAGAUGGUGUCCCUUGGAGACUGCUGUUCUUCAAAAUCUGAACUUUUGUAUGGUGUCCCUCAGGGCUCUGUAUUGUCUCCGAUGUUGUUUAACAUCUACAUGAAACCGCUGGGAGAGAUCAUCAGGAGAUUUGGUGCAGGGUGCUAUCAGUAUGCUGAUGACACCCAAAUCUAUUUCUCCAUGUCAGCAUCAUCGGGAGAGGGCAUAACCUCCCUAAAUGCCUUCCUGGACUUGGUAACGGGCUGGACGAGGGAUAACAAACUGAGACUGAAUCCAGAUAAAACGGAGGUACUCAUUGUGCGGGGCUGGAACUUGAGAGACGAUUUUGAUCUGCCUGUUCUGGAUGGGGUCACACUUCCCCAGAAGGAACAUGUACGCAGUCUAGAGGUGCUUCUGGAUCCAAGUCUCUCCUUGGUGUCCCAGGUUGAGACAGUGGCCAGAAGUGCCUUCUAUCAGCUUCGGAUGAUAUGCCAGCUGCAUCUAUUUCUUGAGUUAGACGACCUCAAAACAGUGGUACAUCUGCUGGUAACCUCCAGACUGGAUUACUGCAAUGUGCUCUAUGUGGGGCUGCCCUUGUACGUAGUCCGGAAACUACAGUUGGUCCAGAAUGCGGCAGCCAGGCUGGUCUCUGGGUCAUCUAGGAGAGACCAUAUUACUCCCGUAUUGAAGGAGUUACACUGGCUGCCAAUAUGUUUCUGGGCAAAAUACAAGGUGUUGGUCAUAACCUAUAAAGCCCUAAACAGCUUGGGCCCUGGGUUUUUAAGAGAACGGCUUCUUUGUAAUGAACCCCGCCGCCCAUUGAGAUCAUCAGGAGAGGUCCGUCUGCAUUUGCCACCGGCUCGUCUGGUGGCUACUCAGGGACGGGCCUUCUCCGUUGCUGCCCCGAGGCUUUGGAAUACGCUCCCUAGUGAAAUAAGAGCCUCCCCAUCUCUGACAUCCUUUAAAAAGUCCUUAAAGACGCAUUUCUUCACCCAGGCUUUUAACUGAUAUUGUUUUGAUUGUUUUGAAUGUUGUUUUUAGAAUAUUGUUUUAAAAUUUUAAAUUGUGUUUUAAAUUUCUUGCUUUAAAUUUUUUUGUUUUGUUUUUGAUUAAUGUUUUACUUUUUAAUCUUGUUGUAAAGCGCCCAGAGACAUAAGUUUUGGGCGGUGUAAAAAUAUAAAUAAAUAAAUAAAUAAAUAAAUAAAAUAUCAAGCUUCAGAUUUACU